AUGAAGUUACAAGAAGAUAAUUUCAUUAAAUGGAAUUAUCAGUUUCAAUCUGUCCUUCGAGGAUAUGAUCUUUUUGAUUUCUUUGAUGGAAAGUCACAAUGCCCGCCAAAGUUUUGUAUUACUCCUGAAGUUGGAGUGAUAAAGGAAAUUUCCAUAGCGUACAAAGAGUGGGUUAAGAUUGAUGUGUCUUUGUUAAGUUUGCUCAUUGCCACUCUUUCAAAUGAAGCCAUAGACUAUGUUAUUAGUUGCAAAAAUUCUCAUGAAGCAUGGAAAUGUCUACAAGAACGUUAUGCAUCUGUGUAUGUGGUCAAAAUUAAUCAGCUUAAGACUGAAUUUCACACGAUACAAAAAGGGUCUGAUUCAAUGGAUAAAUAUUUGUUGCGAUUGAAGGGGUUUAAAGAUCAAUUAGUGGUUGCAGGGGAAAAGAUCAUUGAAAAUGAUUUGGUAAUUGCUGCCUUAUCUGGGUUACCACCAACAUCUGAGAUGAUAAAGACAAUAAUCCUUGCCAGAGAAACAUCAAUUUCAAUGAUAGAUUUCAACUUCUGGGUGCUAAAGCAAGUAUUGAGUCCAGAGUACACAGUUUAUCUCAAUCCAUUUCUGCAAUAUCUGUUUAAGAUAUUCUUCACACCCACAAGGGCAAUAUUAAAGCUAUGA